AUGUUCGGGAAACCAGACAAAAUGGACGUUCGGUGCCACUCGGACGCAGAGGCUGCCCGCGUCUCGAAGAACGCGCACAAGGAGAGCCGGGAGAGCAAGGGUGCGGAGGGGAGCCUCCCCGCCGCUUUCCUAAAGGAGUCGCAGGGCGCCUUCUCCGCGUCGGGCGCCGCGGAAGAUUGUAACAAAAGUAAAUCCAAUUCGACUGCCGAUCCGGAUUACUGCCGCCGGAUCCUGGUCCGAGAUGCCAAGGGUUCCAUCCGAGAGAUCAUCCUGCCCAAGGGCCUGGACCUGGACCGGCCCAAGAGGACGCGCACGUCCUUCACGGCGGAGCAGCUGUACCGGCUGGAGAUGGAGUUCCAGCGCUGCCAGUACGUGGUGGGCCGAGAGAGGACCGAGCUCGCCCGGCAGCUUAACCUCUCCGAGACCCAGGUGAAGGUCUGGUUCCAGAACCGGCGCACGAAGCAGAAGAAAGACCAGGGCAAGGACUCGGAGCUGCGCUCGGUGGUGUCGGAGACGGCCGCCACGUGCAGCGUGCUGCGGCUGCUGGAGCAGGGCCGCCUGCUGUCGCCGCCCGGCCUACCCGCGCUGCUGCCGCCCUGCGCCACCGGCGCGCUCGGCUCGGCGCUACGCGGGCCCAGCCUGCCGGCCCUGGGCGCCGGCGCCGCGGCGGGCUCGGCCGCCGCCGCCGCCGCCGCGGCCGCCGCCCCGGGUCCCACCGGCGCCGCGUCCCCGCACCCGCCGGCCGUGGGCGGCGCUCCGGGCCCCGGGCCCGCUGGGCCAGGGGGACUGCAUGCGGGCGCGCCGGCUGCCGGCCACGGCCUCUUCAGCCUACCCGUACCCUCGCUGCUCGGCUCCGUCGCCAGCCGCCUGUCCUCCGCUCCGUUGACAAUGGCCGGUUCGCUGGCAGGGAAUUUGCAAGAACUCUCCGCCCGAUACCUGAGCUCCUCGGCCUUCGAGCCUUACUCCCGGACCAACAAUAAAGAAGGGGCCGAGAAAAAAGCGCUGGACUGA